AUGGUAGAGGUGGGAAGGGACCUCUGGGGAUCAUCUAGUCCAAACCCCCUGUUUGCUAUUGCUUAUCUGUGCGGUGGCAGCGUGCAGCUCUGUGAUAACGCUGUGCACCCCCAGCACCGUGGAGCGAGGCUGGCGAGCGGCACUCCCUCCUGUACCUUACCUCUUGUCUCCGUGGGUGCUCUGUACCCCACGCGAAACCAAGACAGGCUUGUUUCUUUCACUCUUUUCAGCCAUGAAGUGAUCAACAUCAAUCUGAAGAACAAACCUGACUGGUUCUUUGAAAAGAACCCCUUUGGGCUGGUUCCUGUUCUGGAGACCAGCAAGGGCCAGCUGAUUUGUGAGUCCCCAAUCACUUGUGAGUAUUUGGAUGAAGCAUUUCCGGGAAAGAAGUUGAUGCCUUCGGACCCGUACGAGCGAGCCGUUCAGAAGAUGCUCCUGGAACAAUUCUCAAAGAUAACACCCAUAGUUUUCAAGUAUUUUGUGGCAGUCAAAGAUGGACAGGACGCCACGGCACUGAAAGCAGAGAUUGCUGAAAAGUUUGGCAAGCUUGAAGAGAUUCUGUCCAAACGCAAUACUGUGUUUUAUGGUGGGGAUUCAAUCUCCAUGCUCGACUACCUGAUGUGGCCGUGGUUUGAGCGUCUGGAAUCGUUCCAGCUGAAGGACGCUUUGAAUCACACCCCAAAGCUCCAACGCUGGAUGGAAGCCAUGAAAGAGGACCCUGCUGUCAAGGCUACAAUGACUGACCCACAGAUAUACAAAGAUUACCUCCAGCUCUAUUUGAAGAACAGCCCUGAGGCGUGUGAUUAUGGGCUCUGAGGUGCCAGUAGGCACACGCUUGCUGAAGUGUCAGUGCUUCUUUUCAGUGUGAGCUGUGGGGAGCUAAUGUAAUUUGGUGUGGGCUCUUUUGUGGUUGCAUUUCAUGGUGGGGAAUAAAUCUGUGCUGAAAAGGCUGAGAAAUAUGCUGUGAGCUCCACUCCUUCCUAUCAGGAGGAGGAUGAGCUGGAUUUAGACAGGAGAUGGAAAGUCAUUGCUGGUUGUGUAUAUUGUGUGAUGGAAAAU